GUUGCCAUUGAGCAGCCCGGUCCAUACGCACGGGGGAGGCGGCGCGGCCGCGCAGGAAACCAGACAUGAUACACUGACAGCAUUUGGAAAUAAACUUUGGCAUUAAGAUGGAAGCAAAAGUCUCAAGAUUCUAGACCAAAACAGAAAUGGCUCAUGAGUAUUGAAAGAAGAGACUGAAGAGCCUCCAACACUUGUGUGAGCAGUGGAAAAGGAACAACUACCAUGGUAACACUAAUAACAGAAAAGCUGCAGAACCAGAGCUUGGAUGAUCUGACCUGUAAAACAUACAGUAUUAAUCUGUACUCAUCUGAGAAGCUGAACAAAAGUGGCAGCUUGUUCCCUUUCGAAAUCAAUGAAGACAGUCCUUGGAAAGCUUUAAAUGGGGGUUACCCAAUCCAGCCUGACACAACCAGGAAUUCAGCUUACCCUUUCCCAGCGUGCUCGUUCAGCACCGGCGCUGCCAGCAAUGGCAGCCUGCCGUGGCAGCAGGAGCCCUCCAACACGUCCAUGGUGUCGGGAUGGAUAAGCGAGUUAAACCUGAACGAGAACUCGGGCCAGCCCCUGGCACCGCCCACCAAGCGCCACUGCAGGUCCCUGUCGGAGCCGGACGAGCUGGCUCGCUGCCGCUCUCCCUGGAAGCCCGGCAGCUCCAAGGUUUGGACUCCUGUGUCAAAGAGACGCUGUAACAGCGGCGGCAGCGCUACCUUGCAGCGCUGCAACAGCCACGGAAGUGCCACCUUGCAGAGAAGCACAAGCAUCAGCCUGCCACAAAACAUCCUGUCCCUAAACAACGUCUUCACCAUCACCAGCUUCAACACCUCUCCAGUACCCAGACCUUCCUCUGCCAGCAGCGGGUUUGUGGACAGCAGCGAGGGCAGCACGAGCUCCAGCACCCGCUGGAAUUCCGGAGGCCCUUGUGACUUUAACCCAAGGCGCCGCCUGUCCCUGUCCCAGGAGCACAUCACCGAGACCGGGAAUCUCUUGCCUUCAGCCAGCAGCACUCCCACCUCCACACCCGAGCUCAGCCGGCGGCAGGGCCUGCUGAGGUGCCGCUCGCAGCCCUGCGUCCUGAACGAAAAGAAAAGCCGGCUGAAGCGCAGACGGGAGGAGGAUGUACGAUGGAACAGGCCAUCGUUAGACUUUUUUAAAAUGACGCGGGUGAGAUUUUACUUUCCUCAGUGUGGGAAGGGAGCUCUUGCAGAAAGGUUGUUUCUAGAUCAGCAGCACUAGUUUGUAGUUGUGCAGGUUUGCUUGUGCCCUGUCUGUCACCUUUGGCAGGAGAGCAAAGGUUGCUUGCGCUAUGCCCUAAAGCAACUUAGAUUUUGCCAGUGAAACUCAGUUCUUGAAGUCUAUUCUAUUGAUAUAGAAUGCUGAGAGUUCUGACAAGAUGCUUAAAAGCAAAAGCCACAGAAAAAAUGGCUUGCUUUUUGAAAAGCAAGGAAGCCAUGGAGAAUAGAGUAGACAUGGUAGCAAAAAGUUGAUACCACUGCGUUCCCCAAUGCAAUGAUUUCUGAGUAAUCUUACUGCAAAUCUGUUUGAUUAGGCCUUCCCUUGGUUUGAGUAAUUCUAUGAAGCUGUAUAAAUGGAUUAACUAAAGAAGCUGCAAAUAAGCAGUUGGAAAGAUAGUAUUCUAAUAUGGCAACUACAGGUGUUCUAGCUCUAUGAAAGAGGUGUUUUACUCCAGAAUUUCAUUUAGUAGUCUGCUUCCCUCCUCAUGAGAGUAGAGGUGCUGAUUCAAGAACUAGAAAACUUCAGUUGAUUCCUAUAGUUUGUAUGUAAUAUAAAUGCAUGUAACAGAACUCUUUUUUUUUUUUUG